AUGAGGAACCAACGAGUGUCGUUAGCCAUUCUCUUUGUUGUCGGCAUCAUGAUUGCUGUGUUGAGAAAUCUUGAUUUGCGGGUACCAUAUUCAUCACGGCUCGAGCAGAAGGGUAGGGCAAUUCCAGAUUUCUAUGAGAAACAACUCCACCCAUCUCCUCGGAAAGAACGUCCAUCAAAUGACGUCACAUUGACAAAGAAUCACAAUGAGAAACGUAAGAUAUCAACUACUCCAUCGCCGCCUUAUGACAUCUUAAAAACACAAGAGCAGAGACACAAAUCUGUCAUGGAUACUUGUGUCUUGUACGGCGGAGACCCAAACGAUGUAGAAUCAAGAAACCUUACCGAAAAUCAACUCUCGAUGUUAAGCCACGUCUAUGUCAUACCCAAGUUUAAGCUUCUUUAUUGUGCUAUUCCUAAAGCGGGUUGUACCAACUGGAAGCAGAGGAUCCUGAAUAUAAGCGGUUAUGGUGACAUCUUGGAAGACAUGAAGGAGAGCAGUGGUGCCUUUUCGGUUCAUGAUUUAAUGAAUCAUGCCUACAAACCAAUAUCGAAACUCGACCCUGAACGAGCCCGAGAGACGCUCAAAACUUACAAGUCGUUCAUGUUCGUUCGGAACCCGUACAGUCGUUUGCUAUCUGCCUAUCGGGAUAAGAUUCUCCAAGAUGAACAUUCGAAGUGGAGAGAUGAAAUGCUGGAAUGGAUUAUCUCCAACGAUCCUCAAGUUGCUGCUGAUGUCUUCCUUGGAAAGCGAAACUUCACUUUCGAGGAGUUCAUCAUGUUCUACCUGUCACCGAUCGACAACAAUCCUCAUUGGAAGGAGUACUACCGACUCUGCUUUCCGUGUCUCGUUAAUUACGACUUCAUCGGGAAGUUAGAGACAAUGCGUGAAGAUUCUAAGUAUAUCCUCGAGACCCUGUUUCAGGUGAACUCUUCGCUGAGUCUCUCAAAGUCCAAAGGGGUGACUGAUAGCUCAAGCUAUGGCAGUCUGAGAGACUUCUAUUCGAGUAUCCCUCGAGAUCUUUUGCGAAGGAUAUCUGUUUAUGGAGGAUUAACGAUCGAUUCUAAACUUUUCGGUUAUGAUAUCCCGAAGGCUAUCCAGGAACUUCUUCAAUAAAACUUGGGGUUUGGUUGACUAUUUGCGGAGUUCAAGUCAGGAAAACAUUUGAUGGUAUAAAAUCGACAUCAUUAUAGUGUUUCUGUUUAUUCCGUCAUUCUGCUGUAGCAAUAGUUUUUGCAUUGAGGAUAAAUGUUUAAUUCUAUAAAUUGCAAGAAGUG